AUGUUCCCUCUCGUGCUGUCUAUACUGGCCGGCAUCGCGGCACCUGCAGCCGCGGCUGCGGGUCCAUCUGCAUGCUCGAAUAUCACCACCCAAUUGGGGUCGUCGAAAGUGAGCAGCAAUCUGCUUAGCCAGGAAUAUUCCAACAGUCUCGAAUACUGGAAUGCCCUGCUGGACGACUACAAACCUUCGUGUGUGGUGUAUCCCAAGAACGCGCAGGAUGUCUCCGUCAUGGUGCAGGCCAUCCGCGCCGCUGACAGUCGUUUCGCUAUCAAAGCUGGCGGACAUAACCCCAACACUUUCUACUCCUGCGUCGACAAUGGCGUCCUGCUGGACCUGAGCGAUAUGACCGAAAAGUCCUACGAUCCCCACACCACGCUCGCGACGUUCCAGCCCGGUGGCGUCUUUGGCGAUAUCUACGACUACUUCGUCAAGUACAACCGCACCGUCGUCGGCGCCCGUCUGGCUGGCGUCGGCACCGGACUAGCCCUGGGCGGCGGCAUGAGUUACUUGUCUCCGCAGUACGGUCUGGCCUGUGAUUCAUUCCGCGAGCUGGAAAUCGUCCUUCCGAGCGGCGAGAUCGUCACGGCAUCAGAAGAUUCGAACCCGGAUCUCUUCUUCGCGUCUCGCGGUGGCGGCGGCAAUGCCUACGGCGUUGUCACCAAGUACACCGUGCAGAGCCGACCAGUCGGGCAAUUCUACGCUGGCAAUCUGAUUUUCCCCUUCCCGCAAAAGGACAAGGUCAUCGAGGCCAUUGGCAACUUCAUCAAGUACAAUACCGACCCCAAAGCCGCCAUCAUUGGCACGUACGAGAAACUUGGCACACCCGACCUCAACCUCAACCUCGACGAAGCAAUCAUCAUGUUCCUCGUCUAUGACGGCGAAGACUCCGGCGAUGCCUUCAAGAAUUUCACCAGCAUCCCGACAAUCCUGAACACAAUGAGUCUGAAAACCUACCCCGAAGUCGUGAACAUGCCUAUCCCGCUCUCGACCGAGCUCUCGCGCGGUGCAAACAUGUUCCGCGUCGGCGUGCACCGUCCCGAAAACUGCUCAUACGAAAACGCCCUCGACGUCUGGCGAAACUGGGCCGAGUCGAAUAAGGGCAGGUACGAGCUGUUGUCGCUGGAUUUCCAGCCCGUGCCCAAGAGCCUGACGGACGCGAGUAAGGCGCAGGGCGGGAAUGCGAUGCAGAUGCCUGAUGGUCCGUGGUACUGGUUGAAUUAUCUGCUGACGACGCCACCGGGGAUGAGUGAGCCGGAUUAUAAGGCUGUGCAGGCGAGUUAUCGUGAUAUGAUCAAGUCUGUGGGCAAUGCGGAGGGCCUGCCUUUGUUUAUCAAUGAUGCGAAUCAUGAUCAGAAUCCGUUGCAGACAUUCUCGACUUUUGCGAAGUUACAGGAGAUUAAGAAGACGUAUGACCCCGAUAACUUUUUCGCAGAUCGGACGGGGGGUUGGUCUUUUGCCUAG